AUAUGCUAUGUCAACUUGACAGUGUCAUCAGUCACCUGAGAUUUUCGAGAUUUCUUUUUGGAUAUUUCUGUCAAUCCGUAAACAUGGCACCGCGGUUUGAGAUCGCAGUCGGUCUGCGAAAAGGACACAAAACAACAAAGAUUUCCGCCGGCAAGAAAACACAGAUUGCCGACAAAACCAUUAAAAUCAGACCCGCCAGGCUAAAGGGUCUGCAAACCAAACACUCCAAAUUCGUCCGUGAUCUUGUAAGAGAGGUUGUCGGACAUGCUCCCUACGAGAAGAGAGCUAUGGAGUUGUUGAAGGUAUCAAAGGACAAGCGCGCUCUCAAGUUCCUGAAGCGCCGCCUCGGCACACACAUCCGUGCCAAGAGGAAGCGUGAGGAGAUGAGCAACGUCCUCGUACAGAUGAGGAAGGCGGCGGCACAGGCCCACCACGCCACCACACACGCCCACUAAUAAACUUAAUUAAGUGAU